GGUCUGUGUUAGGUCUGUUCCCACUCAUUAGGGUUUACCAGGUUAGGAGUGAAUUGCCGCCCUGUGCCCCUUUAUCAACACGUUUAACUGACGUUGUAUGAACGCGCUUGAGUUGACACCAACCACAGGCACGCUAAUACGUUAAGCUUUGAGGAAAAAUGCUCUGGGUGGACAAGUAUCGACCGAAAACUUUCGACCAAUUCGUAAUCCAUAAAGAGAUAGCAGAAAAUUUGAAGAAGUUGAUUGCCACCGGGGACUUCCCGCACACGCUCUUCUAUGGGCCCCCGGGUGCCGGCAAGAAGACGCUGGUCAUGGCGCUCCUGCGGGCGGUGUACGGGCCCGGCGUCGAAAAGAUCCGAGUGGAGACCAAGCCCUGGCAGAUCGAGCUCCCCAGCCGCAAGCUGGAGGUGGAGCUGACCACCCUCUCCUCCGCCCACCACCUGGAGCUCAACCCCAGCGAUGUGGGCGGCAACGACCGCUACGUGGUGCAGGAGAUCAUCAAGGACAUGGCGCGCAGCAGGCCGCUGGGGGCGGACGGGAGCAAGGGGUUCAAGGUCCUUGUCCUCAACGAGGUGGACCGGCUGAGCAAGGAGGCGCAGCAGGGCCUGCGCCGCACCAUGGAGAAGUACUCCUCCGCAUGCCGCCUGGUCAUGGUGUGCAGCAACGUGAGCCGCGUGAUGGAGCCGCUGCGCUCGCGCUGCCUGUGCGUGCGCGUGGCGGCGCCCAGCGAGGGGCAGGUGAUGGAGGUGUUGGCGGGGGUGGCGAGGAAGGAGGCGCUGGUGCUGCCGCCGGCGUUUGCGGCGAGGGUGGUGGACUACUCGGCCAGGAACCUGAGGCGCGCGCUGCUGUGUCUGGAGGUGUGCCGGGUGCAGCGCUACCCCUUCGCCGAGGACCAGGAGCCGCAGCGGGCGGACUGGGAGCUGUACCUCGCCGAGGUGGCGGCAAACAUUCUGGACGAGCAGUCGCCCAAGCAGCUGUAUCUGGUCCGCGGCAAGCUGUACGAGCUGCUAGCCAACUGCAUCCCGCCGGAGCUCAUCCUGCGCACCCUCACACUGGAGCUGCUCAAAAAGAUGGACGACGAGAUCAAGCUUGAGACGGUGUCGCAUGCCGCGCUGUUCGAGCAGCGGUUGCAGGAGGGCGCCAAGGCCAUCUUCCACCUGGAGGCGUUCGUGGCCAAGACCAUGAGUGUGGUGAAGAACUACAUGGUGUCGUGCGGCAUGGCGUGAGGGGGGUGUCGUGCGGCAUGGCGUGAGGGGGG